AUGGAUCACUCUGAUUCUUCAAAACCUGACCUCCGCAUUGCUGGACCGGGUAUUCCCGGAUUACAAUUGGGGUUGGAACAGGCGAAGACAACUGGAACGAGCAGAAAACGUGAAAAACCACAAUAUAGAACACUCGCAGUGGUAAAGGCCAUCACGUGGCUUGCUAUCGAAGGAACACUGGACGCUCGAUUGGCCGCGGCCAUCGCCUGUCAUGUGCAACCUGAUCUGAACUGA